AUGGCAAAGCACUGGGAUUGCGGAUGGGCUUUGGAUGAGUGUUCCCCCUCCUGGCCUACGGUCUGCGCCCUUCGUCGCACCGUGAUCCGGGCCCCGGAGACGACCGAGCCGCCCCUGGCGCGUGGGAAGCAAGCCUUCGAACUGAAUGGCGGAACGGGCACUCACGUGGAUGCACCCUCGCACUUCAUUGCAGGUGGGCGUACUAUCGACCAGCUACGGUUGAAUGAGCUUGUGGACGUCCCAUUGGCUGUGGUUGACGUUUCAACUGCCUGCAGCACGGAUCCGGACCACCAGGUAACUCAAGACGAGCUCACCGCAGACGAAGAGCUUCAGGGUCGUAUUCUUCCAGGAGAUCUCUCCCCUGCAGAUUCUUUGGGGCCGAGUAGCUAA